GAGUUGUUGAAAACCGAGAUGGAGGUUGCGUACUUUCCAUAUGGUGGUUCUAUUACUGACUAUACGUGUCAGAUAUUCAACACAAAACUGGGCGUGUCUGUUACCAGGGCAAUGAAAUACAAAGGAGAAUUCGACAUAGAAGAUGCAGAAAAAUUGCUGAACAAAAAGUUGAAUGGUGUCAUCAAUGCCACCAAAAACUCGCUAGAAGACUGGUCCAAACAAAUCUUACAUAUUUGGUCUACGUCGAGUCACGUGACUAACACAGUGAUAAAAGCCUAUAAUGGACUUCCCAGUACGAUCACAUCAAAUACUGUUGUUCUCAUCACCACAGUUAAUAAACACGAAUCUAUUUUUAGAAACAAUGAAUAAUACGGGAGUCUACUACUACACGGACAACAACGUCGAAGAUCGCUACGUGCCAAUGACAGACUACUACUGAUGAACACGCUCAUAUCGCACAGUGGCGCCCCGGCGACGAUAAUGAUAUCCACCCACUUCCGUAUUCUUUUAUUGAUUCAAUAUUUUUACCAUCGUCAUUAAAUUGUUAACAGUAACUUACCCUCUAUGUGACAUAAUUACGUGUUGUCGAUCCGAGAAGUUAUGGUGCCAUGUUGAAAACAUCGCGAGACUUACCUGAGCC